GGGGGUCCUUUGAUUUGGUGUGAAUCCCCACCCAGCCUGGCUUGGUUGGCUGGUUGUGCUGGUUGCAUAAUCUGGGCCCUGGGGCCAGCCCUGUGAAGCUGCCAGGGACAGUGUGUGCGAGGCAGAGCUGCCAAACAGGCCUUGCAGGCAGCAGCAGCCACGAGGAAGGGGGCGGGGGCUCCUUCCCAGUGGGCUCCACAGUAAUGUUGGGGAGCCGGACCUCGGUGGGAAAUCCCUUCUGCAGGUUUUGAAAGAAGCCACCGCCCACCCAGCUUCCUCUACUGAUCCUAAGACUUUGAUCCUUGCAGCCCAGGCUAAUCUGCUCUCCAUUCUUCAGCUUGGCAUUGCCAAGCCAGCCCCAGCCACCAGGUGGUGCGCGGACCGCAGGCAGAGGCCAGGUGCCAGCUGCUCUCCCUUCCGCAGACCACUGGGGAGCCACAGCUUCCCCUUGGGGUCUCCAGGCUUAGGGGUUGGGGGCUGGGCAGCAGGGAGGUGAGAGAAGGGUCCAGUUGUGGGUGGUGAGUAGGGGCCAUAUGGCGACCAGAUGGUCUGUGUACUCCGCCUGAGGCCGCCCCCACCCGUCGGGACAGGCUCCAAGCCAUCCUGCUGCAGCUUGCUCACCUGGGGUGCCACUGCCGAUGCGCCUGCCAGCCCGUUGGACUGGAUGAAGAGUUCCCUGCUCAGUCACACCAUCAGGCCGGCGACUGGGGACGGGCACUGGGGCUGUGCCCCGUCAGCCUACCCGCAUCACAUGCACAGCCCGCCGCCUGGCUACGACACUGCCCCCAGCUUCUGCCUCAAGCUGGGGCGGGAGGAUGGAGUGCUCGGUGGGACCGUCUGAGAUCCUGGAGGCGGGCUGGUCCAGGGAGCCGGGCAGAGUGUUGCUGGGGCCAGGAGGUGGUUGCAAGUGGCAAUGGGCCCUGCCAAACUCCCCCAGGCCCUUCUCCUCCCUACAGGCAGGGUUCUCCUCCCACCCCCUGGGCUCUGCGGGCCUCAUUUGCUGGCACGGCUGCCAGGGCGGUUGAGGGGGCGGGGCAGGUGUGGUUUACACUUCUGCUCUCAGGCGCCUGCUCCCCUUUGUUCCUGGCACUCCUGCCCGAGCUCGGCAGGGCCGUGUGCUGCUCAGGACUGGGCCCGGCCCGAGGAGAGGGAUGGAAGGAAUGGGUUACGGGCCCCGUUGGGCCCCACCCCUGACCUAUGCACCCCCGUCGGCUCACUUCCCCCAGCGGCCUGGCAUGUCCCCAGGGAGCCGGAUGCCCAUGGCUGGCUUGCAGGUGGGACCCCCUGCCGGCUCCCCCUUUGGCACAGCUGCUCCACUUCGACCUGGCAUGCCACCCACCAUGAUGGACCCAUUCCGAAAACGCCUGCUUGUGCCUCAGGCCCAGCCUCCGAUGCCUGCCCAGCGCCGGGGGUUAAAGAGGAGGAAGAUGGCAGAUAAAGUUCUACCUCAGCGAAUUCGGGAGCUUGUCCCAGAGUCUCAGGCGUACAUGGACCUCUUGGCUUUUGAACGGAAGCUGGACCAGACCAUUGCUCGAAAGCGGAUGGAGAUCCAGGAGGCCAUCAAAAAGCCUCUGACGCAAAAACGAAAGCUGCGGAUCUAUAUUUCCAAUACAUUCAGUCCCAGCAAGGCAGAAGGUGACAGUGCAGGAACCACAGGGACCCCCGGAGGAACCCCCGCAGGGGACAAGGUGGCUUCCUGGGAACUCCGAGUAGAGGGAAAACUGCUGGACGAUCCUAGCAAACAGAAGAGGAAGUUUUCUUCCUUCUUUAAGAGCCUCGUCAUUGAGCUGGACAAGGAACUGUAUGGGCCUGACAACCACCUGGUGGAGUGGCACCGGAUGCCCACCACCCAGGAGACAGACGGCUUCCAGGUGAAACGGCCCGGAGACCUGAACGUCAAGUGCACCCUCCUGCUCAUGCUGGAUCAUCAGCCCCCCCAGUACAAGCUGGACCCCCGCCUGGCGAGGCUGCUGGGGGUGCACACUCAGACGAGGGCCGCCAUCAUGCAGGCCCUGUGGCUGUACAUCAAACACAACCAGCUGCAGGACGGCCACGAGCGCGAGUACAUCAACUGCAACCGCUACUUCCGCCAGAUCUUCAGCUGCGGCCGACUCCGUUUCUCUGAGAUUCCCAUGAAGCUGGCGGGGUUGCUGCAGCAUCCAGACCCCAUUGUCAUCAACCACGUCAUCAGCGUGGACCCGAAUGACCAGAAGAAGACAGCCUGUUACGACAUUGACGUGGAGGUGGAUGACCCACUCAAGGCCCAGAUGAGCAAUUUUCUGGCCUCUACCACCAAUCAGCAGGAGAUCGCCUCCCUUGAUGUCAAGAUCCACGAGACCAUCGAGUCCAUCAACCAGCUGAAGACCCAGAGGGAUUUCAUGCUCAGUUUUAGCACUGACCCCCAGGACUUCAUCCAGGAGUGGCUCCGUUCCCAGCGCCGGGACCUCAAGAUCAUCACUGAUGUGAUUGGGAACCCGGAGGAGGAGAGGCGAGCAGCUUUCUACCACCAGCCCUGGGCCCAGGAAGCAGUGGGGAGGCACAUCUUUGCCAAGGUGCAGCAGCGAAGGCAGGAACUGGAACAGGUGCUGGGAAUCCGCCUGACCUAACUGCUCAGGGACCCCUUCCUUUCUUCCCAGCCUGGAGCCACGCCCUCCUCAGCCUGGAAGGGGACCACCCUCUGGGGCGCAGACACGUAGGAUAAUGAGGGGGUGAGGGGCAUCUCCAGUCACCCUCAGCUCCCCGGCUUUAGUUUCUUAAGUGUAGUGAUAGGAUUCCUUGUUGCUUGGUCCUCAAAGCCUUAUUACUUACACGUUGGCUUUAACUGGGUUCACAAGAGAGGCCUCCUCUGCCCCCUGCAGGCAGGCCCGAGAAGGACCUGGAGGCUCUGCUUUGACAUUGUAACCAAGACCUUUUGGAACCAAAGGCCCUGGCUUUGCUUGUUUACAGACCCCCUUGGGGUGAGUGUCCAUGUUGGCCCCAGGGAGCUGGGCGAGGAAGAGGGGCAUGGCUCCCUCUCUUCCCAACCUUUCCAAACCAAAGUUCUUUGCCAUUCCUACCAGCCCAGCCUUGCUGCUGGUAAUUUCCUUUCCUUCGGGUUAUUUGCACUAUUUGUGGAGCAGGAUUUUCUAUGCGGGAGCCACUUUUUUUAUGGGGGUGCGUUGGGGGUUCUCAGGGAGCCCUACUUGGGGGUCCCUCCUUACUUUCUUUUCUCAAUCUAUGCAAGCGGCUCUGGCCGCCAUCAUCUCCUGCAAUGCCAGAGGGCUGCCACCCUGGUUCUUGGGCCCAGGGUAAUGCCUCCUAGGGAGAGGGCACCCUAAUUGGUGUGGCCCGAGGCGUGGGUGUGUGUGUGCUCGGUGGAGGGCAGUGGGAGAUGGGGAGGACUGUUGUUGCCCUUUGGAGCCUGGUGAGGAGGGUGGGCCGAGGGUUUGGCAAAUGCCACUUCUGGCAGGUUUGGAAAUUUCCAAAUAAAUCUUUGUUUAUUGGUGGUACCCAGA